GUCUUGGAGUCUUUUCGAAUAAUGGACUAUUCCUUCCUUCUGGGCAUCCACAACCUCGAUCAAGCCGAGCGUGACCGACAAGCUUACAUAACAAAGCGGCAGACAACGGAUAAUGCCAAGUCGCCGACCUCCCUAACCGAAAGCCAAGGCGACGAAGGUGUUGGUACGCUCUCCGAACCGGCACCAAAUCGAGCCAGUGCUUCCGGUGAAGUAAGAUCCACUACACCCUCCAGUCUCAUCGGUACCCGCAACACCACACCCCCCAAGACCGCCUCACCCUUCCUCCGCAAUCCAUUCCGCGCGAAAUUUCAAAAACGCAUCACUGCCUAUUCCACCGCCAUGGAAUCCAUUGAGGCAAAGGCGGAGCCCGUCGAAGUGGAACCCGACGAGCGCAGCCAUAUUCUGAUGGGUGGAAUUCCGGCUCGCAGUAAAUCCGGUGACCGCCUCUUCCUGUACAUCGGCAUCAUUGACAUCCUCCAAAGUUAUCGCGUCAUAAAGAAAAUGGAGCACACUCUGAAGUCCGUCGUCACCGAUGGGUUCAUUCACGUAACUACACACCUACAGUAG